AUGACUGGAGCUAAGAGGUUAAGUAUGGAGACGCGGAUUAGGGUAGUCUUGCUGGCCGAGCAAGGUCAUUCGCAUCGCCAGAUCGCUACAGACCUGAAAAUCAAUCGCAAAACCGUUGAUUCAUUGGUAAUAAAGCAUAAGAAUACCGGCAGUGUUGGGGAUUUAGCUGGAAGAGGGAGGAAACGAGCUACCACUGAGCGAGAGGACAGGCAGCUCAUCCGCAUGUCAAAGCGUAACCGAUGGUUGACUUCGCCGGAGCUGAAAAAGGCAUGGAACGAGAACUACGGAGUUGACGUAACCAGCCAUACUGUGCGUAAGAGACUGCGGGCAGCUAAUCUGCGUGGUUGUGUAGCAGCAAAGAAACCACUUCUGUCCGAGAAGAAUUGUCGCAGCUGA